GGCGCCCAACAGUGUUUGCUCUGCCGGGCUCCACCCGGUGUAAGCACGCAGCGAGCUCCGGGGAGUCACCCAGUUCCUGUUUUCCGGGUUGGGAUAUGUCCCUCCUUCCGUCCUAACGGCGGUCAGCCCAAAGGGAGUGAUUCUGUACCUCCAAGGACAGUCUCGCUGAGACCAGCUGUGCCCCACCCGGUCCUCGCUCCACACCCCACAUCAGCCGCUGAGGAGGAGGUGGAGGCCCUGGAGCCAGCACAGGGCAAAGUUCAGGAGUUUCUGAGACCUCAAGAGAGGCAGGCUUGGAGCCUGACCGACCUGGGAGGGAAGUGUCUGACUGGCCAAGGUCCUAGGGGUCGCUAAAGGUGCCUAGCUUCUGUUCAGCACCCAGUGAUGGCCCACCGGAGACUGGCCCUGGGUCUGGCAUUCUGCCUGCUCGCUAGCACAGGUCUCUGGAUCUUGUGGGGAUAUGUCAGGGACUGGCUGCUGGUCUCCUACGUGCCUUAUUACCUCCCCUGCCCAGAGAUUUUCAACACGAAACUGUGGUUCAGGCAGGAGAAGUUGUUCCAGCCCGUGACACAGUUGCAGUACCCUCAGCCUAAGCUUCUAAAACACAGCCCCACAGAGCUGCUGACACUUACCCCCUGGUUGGCACCUAUCAUCUCCGAGGGAACCUUCGACCCAGAGCUUCUGAAGAAUAUGUACCGGCCAUUGAACCUGACCAUUGGAGUCACUGUGUUCGCCUUGGGAAAGUACACCUGCUUCAUCCAGUCCUUCCUGGAGUCAGCUGAAGAGUUCUUUAUGCGUGGGUACCAAGUACACUACUACCUCUUUACCCAUGACCCUUCAGCCGUUCCCAGAGUCCUGCUGGGCCCCGGUCGGCUCCUCAGCAUCAUCCCCAUCCAGGGUCACUCCCAUUGGGAGGAGAUCUCCAUGCGCCGGAUGGAGACCAUCAGCAAACACAUUGCCAAAAGGGCCCACCAAGAGGUGGAUUACCUCUUCUGUCUCGAUGUGGAUAUGGUCUUCCGUAACCCGUGGGGUCCCGAGACCUUGGGGGAUCUAGUGGCUGCCAUUCACCCAGGCUAUUUUGCUGUACCUCGCCGGCAAUUCCCUUAUGAACGCAGGCAAGUUUCUGCUGCCUUUGUGGCAGAUGGUGAGGGGGACUUCUAUUAUGGUGGGGCAGUCUUUGGGGGACGAGUGGCCAAGGUAUAUGAGUUUACCAGAGGCUGCCACAUGGCCAUCCUGGCGGACAAAGCCAAUGGCAUCAUGGCAGCUUGGCAGGAGGAGAGCCACCUGAACCGCCGCUUCAUCUGGCACAAGCCGUCUAAGGUGUUGUCCCCGGAGUAUCUCUGGGAUGACAGGAAACCUCAGCCCCCAAGCCUGAAGCUGAUCCGAUUCUCCACAGUGGACAAGGACACCAACUGGCUGAGGAACUGACAGUGGAGCUGAGACCCACCCCAUGCCAAGCCCAGCCGUGCUCACCUCAGUCUGCCGGGGAGUCCAGCUAGGAGA